AUGUUCAGAUCAUUCUGGAAGAACAGAAACUGGCAACAAUGUGCCUGCGCUAUCUUCUUUUCAAAUGCUUUGACCCGACCACACAUGAGAAUCAAAUCCAUCACUACGUCAGCCAUGGAUAUUAUGCAUUCCAAGAAUAUGCAAUUAAAAGUGUGGGCUGUACAGGAUGAACUUGCCGACCCGAAGGACUUAAAAAUAAUCCUUGACGAAGUACGAUCCUAUCUAGCCGAGCUUUCCAAAUCAAAUGCUUUGACGGUGACGGUGACGAAGAAGCAAAAACUCACUACGUACUAUGGACCAAAAUGGAUCAAAUACCCUCGCCAUGCAUGUUUCUAUUUCCAUGAGGGAUUUUCCGAUGAACCUACUCGUGACAAGCAUCUUCUCCGAAAUGAAAAGCCCUUCUUGUGUAUAGAUUUAAAUUGUCCAAGGAAACUUUGGGGAUACAGUACCGAGAAGGAGCUCAAAAAGCAUAUGAUGCUAGAACAUCCCGAUCCAGCAGCUUUUGAAGGAAAGUUUCCAAAGAUCAAGAAAGAACCAAUGAAACAUCAUUGUGAUCAGUGCUCAAGCUCAUUCACAAGAUCAUCCAGCUUAAGGAUACACCAGAGAACGCACAGCAAUGAAAGGCCAUUUAAGUGUGGAUUUCUUGUUUGUCCAACGGCUUUUGUGAGGAGGUGGGAUCGUGAUAGACAUGAAAGGUGUGCUCAUCCAGGAAUGGUGAGGGCUUCGGGAUCACAACCUACGCAAUCUGAUCCCACUCCUACCUAG